AUGGGGCGGCACCGACGGCGGACUGGCCACCUCCAAGGCACCUUCCGACCUCCCUGGAUUGAACCCAGUCAAGGUCCCGGUCAAUUCGAGUUGUGCCUGACCCAGCCCCAGUGCAAUCAGCCGUCGCGACCUGUAUUUUCGACUCCGGUACUGCAGCCUCAUCGGCCGUCUGGGCGAGCUUGCGGCUAUGGCUUCCUUGUGGCCGAACACCCCAACACCCCGUCGACCACAGAUGCUCUCAGUCCCGUGAGUACCAGGUCCACGCUUUCUCGUGACAGUGUGGCGACCUCGACCAGUACAAGCUAUACUGCCGCUUUAGGGCGUGCUCGGAAGUUCUCCCCAGAAGCUGAUGGCACCCUCAGCCCAAGCGCCAGCGGUUCAACAUGCCAACCUGUCCGUCUCGCCGGUCAUGCAAGUGACCAGCCCUUGAAUUCACCAUUCUUAGCUUCUGGCUACACGCUGGGAGCUGACCAUGCGAUGACAGAGGCUGAAGUAGUGGGCAUCGUCAAUCGUGUGCCCUUUACCGAGACACCGCAAUAUUUCUCUCAGGGUCCUCCGCUCUAUUUACGGCCAAAUGCAUCGCCAGUCGGGCACCAAAGAUAUCCCAGCCAACCUGACCCAUGGAGUGGACACCCGCUGCGUUCUGAAAACCAAUAUCUCAACACGGGGACAAGCACUCCUGUGCUUCACGUCCAGGACCAUCGUCGCUCGCUCCCCAUACGUGAGAGAGGAGGCGGCGGGAGGACAGGGCCUCUUGAUCCAGACCAGAGACAACGAACCCGUGAUGUGCGAAAACGGGGCGCUUGCCUCCGUUGCGCUAUCAUGAAAGAAAAGUGCGAUUUACAAAGCCCUUGUAACAAUUGUUCCACCAAGGAGCGGCGAAAGUGCCCCAAGUACUGCAUUCCUCUUCACUGCGACUGGGAUGGGUGUCAGGCCAGCCUAUUCCCAGAUGAGUUGACAUCUAGCCUACGAGGAGAGGAUCUGCGCCAGUAUCUGCAGAGCUUUACUAAUCGUGGACCCUGUCGGCCUUUCCAAAUCCAGUUGGACCUACACAUCGGAAUCCCUCUAUACGUACAUGUCGUGGAAUUCUCCCCUCAACAAGAUUCGGAGAUCCGUUACGCAUUCCAGACAUCUCACGACUCGAACGGGCAAAAGUCGUUUGACAGACAAGAGAACUGGAACCCACCAAUCAUCAUGUGGAUCAGGGAUGGCGGCGAAGAAGCAGUUAAGAAAGUUCGCAAGAAUCUAACUGGCAUAUUUGACCAGGUAUUGAAUGACCCGAAGAAGUACGCCGAGUGGACAGAAGAUUACUUUGAGGAUAGCGAGGAAGAUUUCCCCGCCAAAAUUCUACGCCUCAUUGGGAGGUACUACAGGGACCACAUAGAAGAACAUUCGGUUCUCAAGGAUUCUCUGAGGCUUUUGUGGUACGAGUAUCUGCUCCUGAACAGAUUCAUCAUUCCAGCCGAAGCGAUACCGACUCUUGAGGACAAUCUCGCAUCGAGACGACCUUUUGGGGUUCCUCCGCAUGUGAGAGUCAUACCUGAGACGAUCAACCGCUUUCUCAAAGCCGCUAUCCUCGCGGGAGCCGAGAAAGCCGCAGAGAACCUUUGCAAGAGUCUUCACCAUAUGAUGUGGAAGAUGGCCUACAGCCAGGAAUCGCCCCAGGACAACAGGGAUCUGAUCCUGUGUAUGCUUUUUGUUCUGGUGAUAUUCCUUGGUCGAACCCAACUUGCCCUGUCCCUACUUGCCCACAUGCCAGGGACCGCGGAAGAGAUGGCAUGCCCUCCGAGACGAACCGAGGACAAGAUUGAACAGAUGGAAGAAAGAGUGUGCGGCUAUCUUCUGUCCUUCCACAAAUAUGCCUUGAGCAGAGCGUCCAGGACACCGGCCAAGUCUCGCGAGAAUUGUUCUGCCAGCGAGCGUCAUGCCCUCGAAUUCAACUUGGAGGCCCAACUGCAGCAUGUGAUCGAGGACCACGUGCACGAGAAACCCGAGAGCCUGGAGCCGGGUGAUUAUGAGAUGAAUACGUUCCGGUACAGAAAUGUGCGGCGGUUAUGCUGGAAGGUGAUUGAGAAUAUGAAAUGA